AUGAUGGCGCCCAAGAACCGUAUUAUCAUUGACACCGACCCAGGUGUCGAUGACACAUUGGCCAUUCUCUUGGCCCUGGCUGCUCAUCCUGAUGAUCUGGAGGUUGUAAUGCUCUCGGUGACAUAUGGCAACGUACCCCUGCAGAGUUGCUUGAGAAAUGUGGUAGCUCUCUUCCACGUGCUAGAGAAGGAGACUGCUUGGAGAAAGACACAGGGCAAGCCUGAGGGCUUCAGUUCAUUGAAGACCUUCAAGCCCAUCGUUGCAGUCGGCGCCGAACAUCCUCUUGAGGAUGACGAGUUGAUGGCUGAUAACUUCCAUGGUGCUGACGGUCUGCAUGGUCAUCCCGACUUGACACCGGCAGACACAUGGAGAUCACUCUUUGUGGAUGCCACAACCGGUCCUACGGAGUCUGUGGAACCACCAUCUUUCUCGUCCUUCUUCACGCCGUCCAAAACGGUUGCUCACAAGGAGAUUCUUCGAAUCCUGAAGGAGAAUCCUGAAGACACAAUCUCCAUCUGUGCUGUCGGUCCGCUUACUAAUUUGGCCCUUGCGGCAUCUGAAGACCCCGAGACCUUCUUGCGUGUCAAGGAGGUGGUUGUCAUGGGUGGUGCUGUUGAAGUCCCAGGGAACAUCACCCCGCUGGCCGAGUUCAACACAUAUGCCGAUACCGUGGCCACGGCUAGAGUCUUUGCACUAACUUCGCCUACUCCAUCAUCAACAAUGCCCCCUGUUCCACCAAACAAGGCCACUCUCCCGCCGUAUCCAGCCAAACUGUCCAAGACCUUGAAACUUUCACUAUUUCCCCUGGAUCUCACAUCGCCGCAUAAUCUGAACAAGAACUUUUUCUCCGGGGUCGUUCAACCACUCAUUGACGAAGGCAGUCCUCUCGCCAAAUGGAUCGGAACUUUCAUGUUCGGUACAUACAACAAGAUCGAGUCUAUUCUUCAAGAUGGAAAGGAACCAGGAAUGUCGCUGCACGACCCUCUUACCAUUUGGUAUAUGAUCACUCGGGAUGACCCUCUCUGGAAGGCAGUGCCUGAACUCGAGGAUAUCAGGGUUGAGACCUCAGGUCAGUGGACCAGAGGUAUGCAUAUUAUCGACCGUCGUGAGAGGGCCAGACCCCCCAAGCACAUUGGUCCUAUCACCACCCAUCCGGAUGAUCCUUUGGACGCUGUUGAAUUCAACGAAGAUGCAAGCAACGAUUGGUCAACACCAACCAGGGGAAACAGAAUUAACAGAAUCAUUGGCUCUCCAGGAGAGGAUAUUUUCGCCAAGUACCUGAUGGAACGGAUUGUUGGUUGA